CAACCCCCAUACUCAACAACCACGGUCCGCACCAGAGAAGAACAAUGAAAAUCACCUGGUCUCGAUGCCUAAUCCUCUCACUUGUCCUCACGUGCAGGCUGGUUCCAGAGGCUACAGCAGAUGUUGAAGAAGCCUCAGAAGGUCUCGGCACUCCCCGGGAACCCAUAUGGCUCACGGACAUCCCAGCUACGGUGGAACUCAUCGCUGCCGCUGAAGUGGCUGUCAUAGGCUUCUUCCAGGAUUUGGAAAUACCGAUCGUGUCUAUAUUCCGGAGCAUGGCACAGCAGUUCCAAGAUGUAUCAUUCGGAAUCAGCAACCAUUCUGAGGUCCUGACCCAUUACAACGUCACCAGCAACAGCAUCUGCCUCUUUCGAUUGGUAGAUAAUAAGCAGCUACGUUUGGACGCCGAAGACAUCGACGAUCUCGAUGCUGCCAAGCUGAGCCGUUUCAUUCACUUGAACAACCUCCACUGGGUGACAGAGUACAGCCCUAUGAUUGGAGCUGGCUUAUUUAACACCAUGGUUCAGACCCAUCUUCUCCUGAUAAUGAACAAGGCUUCCCCAGAGUAUGAAGAAAGCCUGCGUAGCUAUCAGAAGGCAGCCAAGCUCUUCCAGGGACAGAUUCUCUUUGUUCUGGUGGACAGUGGCAAAAGGGAAAACGGAAAGGUGAUAGCCUAUUUCAGACUAAAAGAGUCUCAGCUGCCAGCUCUGGCCAUCUACGAGUCUGUGGAUGACAAGUGGGACACCCUGACCAUCACAGAAGUUACGGUGGAGAAUGUCCAAGGCUUCUGCAAUGGAUUCCUAAAGGGGAUGCUGUUGAGAGAUCAGAAAGCUGAAAACAACUCUGGGAAGGAGGAGCUCUGACCGCUCCCUGGAACUUGCACUCGCUGUUCUGUGUCUAUUCCGUGCUGAAUAAAAAGGAGCCGUUCCAGCCUCUGCAACACUCAGGAUCACUGGGUGUUCUGACAAGGGGCGGGAGGGGCACAAUCAUUCGUGUCUG